AUAUACACUGUAAUGUAUAUAAUGUAUACAAGGCCUUCUCUGUUUUUGAUGUAACAUUACAGUGCAACAUCAGUUCUAGCAUAUGUACUACAGCAUUUUGAGUCUUUUUGGGGGGUUUAUGUGGAUAGAGAUAUUUCCUGAAACAAUGUUAAGUAUUCACAGGAAGUUUUUCCAAAAUGAUUAUGUUACAUUUCAUUAUGUUUCCCUGUGAAUAUGGCCUAAAACAACCACACACAUUGUGUUAUUGGCUACCCUUGCAUUUGUGUUGCACAGUUUCUCAUUUCUGAUUGGAUAACAAUUUGCAACAGUACCUAAUAAAAGCUGAUGCACAUGGGUCCGAGAUAAUAAACAGAUGAACAUUCUUGGUUAUGAUAUGAACAAAUACAAUGUAACACAUAGAAAAAAGAAAAAUUGAACUGAUUAAUUGACUUUUCCAUAAUUUGCUGAUACUCGAAAUCCAAACGCAUGGACCUAGAAGUGGCUGCCAACAGGACGCAAGGUGUGGCUGACAUACAUCCCUGCUAUGUAAUAGAGAACUUGAAUUAUGUGUUGACAAAAACGCCUUCUGUUAUAUGUGUAUUAUUAUAUAUCUUCCUUGUUUUACUGGCAUUCAUUACGAUUUGUGGAAACCUCCUUGUGAUAAUCUCCAUCAUUUACUUCAGACAGCUGCACACGACUACAAACUCCCUCAUCCUCUCUCUGGCUGUGGCCGACCUGCUUGUCGGGAUUGUUGUCUUUCCUUUCAGCAUGGCCUUCUCCCUCAGCUCGUGUCUGUACCAUGAAGACUUAUUUUGCAAAGUGCGGGGCAGUUGUGAUAUAACCCUGAGCACAUGCUCCAUUCUGAACUUGUGCUGCAUUUCUAUUGACAGAUUCUACGCAGUGUGUCGGCCUCUGACCUACAGAACUAAAAUAAACCAUCGCAGUGUUGCGAUCAUGAUCCUGCUGAGCUGGGGUGUUUCUGUGCUGAUUGGGAUUGGUGUGAUGACUGCUGGGUUAAACAGUGAAGAAUGUGAGGACGGAUGUUUAAUCGAUCUCGUUACAACAAACACUAUUGGGGGUAUUUUGUCAUUUUACCUCCCAGUGAUUGUAAUGCUCUGCAUCUACCUGAAGAUUUUCAUAGUUGCACAGAGACAGGCUCGCAGCAUCCACAACACAAUCAGCCAGAGCACAAAGUCUGGAGCAACAGUCAGUAAGAUGGAGAGAAAGGCCACCAAGACUCUGGCUAUAGUCUUGGGAGUUUUUCUUCUGUGCUGGUUGCCUUUCUUUCUUUGGAUCACAGUUCAGCCUGUUGCAAACAAUGUAGUCCCUGUCCCUGUGAUUGAGACACUUAACUGGCUCACACUGUCAAAUUCAAUGCUGAAUCCAUUCAUCUAUGCUUUCUUUUACAGCUGGUUCAGAUCAGCUAUCAGAAUGAUCAUCUCUGGGAAAAUAUUUCAAGGUGAUUUUGCCAACUCUAAAUUGUUUUGACCUGUUUUAACCACAAUGACACUUGCUCCCUGGCUUAAUAGAGGGUAUUAUAUCAUGUUUUGUAACACAAUGUGAUGGAGAAACGUAACCCCAUCAAUAUAACCCUGACACAAUGAAUAUGAUUGAAUUUGUAAAGAAAUAGAUACAUUUCUUGGCGUGGACCUACAUCAUUUAUAUUUAUUAAAUUAUAAACUGUAUAAAUCACUAAGGGAUUCUGAAUGGGUGGUGUAGUGGUUAGCACUGUUGCCUUUGCAGCAAGAGCCCUGGU